AUGGAACAAAUAAAUAAAGACAGUAUGAAAGCUGAUCAACAGAAAGACUUCAACAUGGAAAUCACAGUAUCAGAUCCCCAAAAACGUACUGGAGAAGGUGGUACAUCCACAGCAUAUGUGAGUUAUCAAAUAUCAACUAAAACAGAUAACCCAGGAUAUCAUGAUGGGAAGUUCAACAUGAAUGAUAUUAUUGUCGUACAUAGAAGGUAUAGCGAUUUAUUGUUGUUACAUGAUGUCUUAGCUAAUGAUUAUCCUACUUGCAUAAUCCCUCCUUUACCGGAUAAGAAAGUGUUUCAAUAUAUAGCAGGUGAUCGAUUUAGCCAAAGAUUUACUCAAAAGAGAAGUCAUAGUUUACAAAAUUUCCUUAGGAGAAUUAGUUUACACCCUACUUUAUCACAAUCCAGCAUUCUAAAGAUGUUUUUAACUAGUAACGAUUGGGAUACAUACAGAAGAAGUCUAAUCGAUAACUUACCUUCUAAUAAAGAAGAAGUUACUGAUGCAUUCAUGAAUGCCUUUAAAUCUGUUAAUAUCCAAAAUGAUGAGUUUAUUGAAAUAAAGGAAAGAAGUGAUAAGCUUGAUCACACAAUUACUAAACUAGAUAAAAUAUUUCAUAAAGUUGUAAAAAAGAAUGAUUCGAUAUCUGAAGAUUAUGUUAAGCUUGGAACAGCUUUGCAAGAAUUGAGUGAAUUAGUUACGGGUGAAAAUGAUGAACUAGCGAAGAAUUUAAAGAUUUUCCAAGAAGGAAUCAUUCAAUUAUCAUACUUAAUUAAUGAUUUAAACAAAUAUCUAGAUUACGACUAUUUAGUGGAUUUAAAAGAUAUGGAACAUUACAUCGAGAGUAUGAGACAAUUAAUUAAAUUAAAGGACCAAAAGCAAAUUGACUAUGAAGAACUGAAUGAGUAUCUGACUAAAUCUAUAAAGGAGAAGGACGACUUGAUUGCAGGGUAUGGUGGUAGUAAUUUUUUCACAAAUAAACUAGAAGAACUUGCAGGUAUAAGCCAAGAGGCGUCACGUCGUGACAAGAUAACGAAACUUGAAGAAAGGAUUACAUCUUUGGAUGGAGAAUUGGAGAAUGCCAGAAAAAUUGCAGAUGGAUUUGAACAAGAAACGUUAAAGGAGAUUGCUCAAUUUGAAAAUGUUAAGGCUAAGGAAUUGAAAGAUACAUUAGGUGAAUUAGCUGAUGAAAAUAUUAAAUUUUACGAGAAAAUGUUACAAACAUGGACUAAAGUAGAUGAAAGUUUAGUAUAA